UAAAUGCCGCCGCCGACAAAAACAGCCGCUGCGUAUUGCAAAUGUUCGCUGGUGUGCAGUGUGCGAGGAUGUGUGAUGUUACAAGAUUAUAAGUAUUCCUAAGGUUUUUAUCAUCAACUUCCCUUGUUCGCAAAAGAAACGUGGUAUACGUGUAAACCAGCAGGUGCUUUUGCUCGAAUAUGUCGAUAUUCACGCCAACGAAUCAGAUUCGACUGACGAACGUCGCAGUCGUGAGAAUGAAGAAAGGUGGCAAAAGGUUUGAAGUAGCCUGCUACAAAAAUAAAGUGGUGGCUUGGCGGAAUAAAGUGGAGAAGGAUAUAGAUGAAGUUCUGCAGACUCACACUGUGUACACCAAUGUGUCUAAAGGGCAAGCAGCGAAGAAAGAGGACCUAAUAAAGUGCUUCGGCACUGAUGAUGCCUCUAAAGUUUGCCUCGAAGUGCUCAGCAAAGGUGAGCUGCAAGUCUCGGAAAAAGAAAGGCACACACAACAGGAGGCCACGUUCCGCGACAUUGCUACGUUAGUCGCUGACCGAUGCGUCAAUCCCGAAACCAAAAGGUCUUACCCGGUCACCCUUGUGGAGAAGGCUAUGCGUGACGUGCAUUAUUCUCUCAAACCAAACAAGAACGCCAAGCAACAGUGUUUGGAGGUGAUACGUAUGCUGAAAGAAGUAAUGCCACUAGAACGGUGCCAGAUGAGGCUGCGAAUACUAGUUCCCCAGGGGAAGACGGUGGUGCGACCACGCAUUCAGGCUCUUUCUUCAGGCAUAGAGAUGGACAAGGUUCACCAGGAGUCCGGAGACCUAGAGAUGGUGUUCUUGACAGACCCCGGGAACUUCCGCGUCGUUGACGAGUUGGUGCGGAAGGAGUCCAGAGGACGUGGCCACCUGGAGGUACUCAGCCUCAAGGAAGUUGAGGAAGGAGACCAGCUGCUUCAGUAGUUAAGAUGUGUAUAUUUAACGCGGUCCCGUUGUAUAAAUAUGUCUAAAAUGAA